AUGCCCGCUGACCGCACGACCGGUGAUUCGGGGCUUCCAGCAGACGCCGCUGUCGCUGCAGGUCUAGGUCUAAACGAGAUCUUGCAGCAGAGGCCCCGGAGCCGCUCGAUCUCUCCUCCAAACGCAGAGAAAACUCUCGACCUAACGCCAAAAUCGAGGAGUAGACCUGGUUCACCACAAGCAAGCCGUCACUCCCCGCAACGAAGACACUCCGUUGCCAAAUCUACCGAGUCACCCACAGCUGUACCUUUGCACUUCCGUCGCCCACCGACAUCCCCAGGCCUUUCACGAGCUGUCCCAGCUGAGCCCAUGCCCUCCCCAGGCUCACCGAGCCAACAGCGCCACCGUCGUCCCGGCUCAGUGGAAUUCCGCAACUCGCGCGAGAUCAGACCUCUCUGGCUCGUUGAGCGCCAUAGCUCCGUCAAGGGUGAGACGGAAGGCGAUGAAGGCUUACCAACACUCCCAUCAAGCAGAGAAUCUUCACGAGUCCCUUCAAUCGAAAACCUCAGGGAUCUCAACAAUGAGGAAAUGAAUAGCUGGGAACAUGUCGAUCUAAGCCAGGCGAUCCAUGACCGUCCAAAUUUGACGAUCUCAACAGAUAAGGCGAAUGAGCAUCGUGGCGAUAUCGACCUUCUGGACUCUCAGCAGGCUACUCCUACCGCAGAGCAUCAUCAUGAAAACAAGGAGAGACCACACUACGAAUUUCAUUCUCCUUCUGAACUCUUGCAGGACCCGGCUGCGUUGGAUGAUUUGGCUUCCACGCCCUUCGACCGUCUUCCCUCUACUGAGGGAUCUGACCGUGAGUUGAGUGUUGAGGAUAAGAGGAAGGAGACGGAUCGAGCCCUUGAUGUUCUUGAGGGUAAUUCAGAGCCCGAAGCCACAACACCUACGCAGGAUAACGCCUCUUUUGAUCUUCCCAAGGGUGGCUUUGCGGAUGUGGUUGAUGCUGCUGCUAUUGCCGCUGUCAAAGAGCAUGAUCAGCACGCCGACGCUGUGGCCGCUCCCAAGACCGAGCCCGGCUUUGGUGAUAUUGUCGACCAAGCAGUCGAGGCCUCAAACGAGCCUCAAGACGAUCUCCCAGAGGCUGCUGCUGAUGAUGUCGAGACUUCGCAGUCUUCUAAGAAGCAAAAGAAGAAGAAGAAGGGCAAGAAGAAUCAAGCUCAGGAAGAUGUCGUUCAAGAGCCUGAGCAGAUUCAGGAUGCUACUACCGAUACUCCUAUUGAUGUUCCCGAGGCAGUUAUUGAGCCUGAGUCUGCACCCGCUGAGCAAUCUCGCGAAAUUCAACUCGAGCCUCAGGCUGUGCCUGUCGAAGAGUCUGCUCCUGCGCCCUUGGAGCCGGAGACUGAGCCUGUGGAAGCACCUAAGGACAUUUCCGAAGAUGCGACUGCACCUCUGACAGAGACUGAGGUUGCGCCUGCUGAACUUGAGCAGGAAGAGGAUACAACUUCAUCUAAGAAAUCUAAGAAGGACAAGAAAAAGAAGAAGAAGGGCAAGAAUGCCUCUACUGAAGAGCCCAGCGAGGAAGUCUCUACUCCUCUUGCUACAGAGGACCCCUCGGCAACGAAGGAGAUUGAGGAACUUCCUACUGUCGAUGCAGAUGUGCAAGAUGUGUCUGUGGAGCAGCCUCAUCCCGAACCCACAGAAGCGGAACCCGUGACUGCUACUGAGGAGAGUGCACUACCCGUUGAGCAAGAAACCCCUGCUGAAGAGGACUCUGAGCCUGUUUUCGCGGAUGCCAACGAAAUCUCCACACCAGUGGCUCUUGAGGAAGAGCCCACCCCUGUGCCUGAAACACCCAAAGAAGAGACGGAGGGCGAAGACAAUUUCCAAGAGGCUGUCGAGGAGCAACAACCACAGCCUAACGAAGAGAAGGAAAUCUUACCUGAGCCUAUCGUCGAACAAACCCCCACCGAGGAUACACCCACAGAAGCUACGGAAUCCAAGGCAGAGAAGCGGAAGAACAAGAAAAAGAAGAAUCGCAAAUCCGCCGUUGAGGAACCCGCCGAAGAAUCAACUACCGAAGCUACCCCUGUGGAGAUCGAAUCCCAGCCACCAGCCGAUGAGCCUACAUCUGAGGUAUUGGCAACUGCAGACCCUGCAGACCCUCAAUCAGUGCCAAUUGGCGGUGAAGCCUUACCUUCGGACCUGGACAAGGAUGUCGAGUUACAAUCCGAACCACCAGCCCAAGACUCAGCCCCCGUUCAAGAACAAGAUGUCUCAUCUUCUGAGCCGGUGGAUUUCGCAACUCCAGCCGAGGCAAAUACUCCCGAGGAGUCUUCUCGCGAUCUCAAGGAGAUCUCCGUUGAAUCUCAGCCUGCGGCAGAUCUAGUCGUUCCAAUGGACGAGUCUUCUCGUGAUGUCACCGAGCCUGCUGUGGAUACACAGGCUGAAGCUGAAGCCCAGAUCCAGCCUGCUGCUGAGGCAGAGGCAGAAGCAGAGGCGGAAGUUCCUAUGACUGCUGCGCAGAAGAAGAAGGCUAAGAAGGACAAGAAGAAGAAGGGCAAGGAGAGUCAAGAUCCUGUUCCUGAACAGGAAACUCCGUCUGAACCGACCGAGCCAGCUUCUGUAGCAGAGCCAGCUGCCGACGAGACAGUGAAGGAAAUACCUGCACACGAAGAAGCCCCGGUGGUUGUUCCUACAAGUGAAGAGCAGCAAGUUCCCACUGAAAACCAAUCUGCGGAGCCCGACCAGCCUGCUAUCUCUGAGGAGCUCACUAGCCCUGCAUUGCCCCAGGAAGAGAACAUCGCCCCCGCAGAGCCAGCAACUGAUGCUACUGCCGUGGAACCUCUAGCUGAGCCCUCCGCACCGGAGGAGCAGACCAAGAGUGAGGACGUCCCUGUCGAGUCGGAGGUUCCCAUGACAGCGGCAGAGAAGCGGAAGGCGAAGAAGAACAAGAAAAAGCAGCAAAAGCAGGAAGACGAGACCGAAUCUCUUCCGGCUGAUCCUUCGCCUGCUGAUCCUACUUCUCAGAAAGAGCCCGAGGCUACUGAGGUUAGCAAGGAACUUCCGUCUACCGAGAAUGUUGAAGCAGUCGAUGUGCCAUCAUUGGAGGCCGAGCAACUCGCCGAACAAGAUACCCCAGUUGUUCCUGCCGAGCCGGAGCUGGCUCUACCUACCGAGGAAGCUACUCCAGCUGAAGUCCAGCCUGAUUCAAGCAAUGACGUGGUGCCCUCUGAGGCUGAGGCUCAAGUCGCUGAAGAGGUUCCCGUCCCCGUCGACGUUCAACCUACCACUGACACCCCCGUGUCAGCCGAAGACUCAGUCCCUGUUUCCGUGGAGGCAGACGCCGCAAAAGACGAAGAGCCCUCAGCUGAGGCCGAGGUUCCGAUGACUGCUGCGGAGAAGAGGAAGGCUAAGAAGAACAAGAAAAAGCAGAAGGAUCAGUCUGGCCCGCUUGAAGAAGAGCCUGCUAUCGAGGAAGACAAGAUUGUCGAGCAGCCAAGUGAGGUCGUUCCCGAGACCGAAGUUGCACCCUCAACGGAACCCGUGGAAGAGUCCAGCCAGUCUGAGGUGCCCAAGGAAGUUGAUACCGAUACCGCACCCGCAGAUCAACCAGCGCCUGAUGCUCAACCAACUGAUGCCGAGCCAUCUUCCGAGCCAGUGACUGAGGAGCCUGCGACCAGCGAAGCUCUUGAGCAACCCACAGACGUCCCGGCUGGCAUCGAGGAGAACGCAACCCCAGCAGACGAUGCUCUUGCUUCUACCAAUGAGCCACAAGAAGAGCAAAAGGCCGAUGCUGCUACCGAGCAGCCUGCAUCGGAGGAACCCGUCGAAGAGGAGGCAAUGACACCUGCUCAGAAGCGGAAGGCCAAGAAGGACAAGAAGAAGAAGGGCCAAGCUGCUGUCGCUGAGGAAGAGCAGGCACCUCCUGCUGAGGAGCCCAAGGAGUUACCCGCGGAAGAACAGAUCAAGCCUGUCGAAGAGGAAACCCAGCCUGCUGCUCCCGAGGAACCUGUCGAGACAUCUACUGCACAGGAACCCGAGCAAUCUAUCCCCGGGCCAGAGCCAGAGCUCCCUGUCACCGAAGAGGAGCUCCCCAAGGUCGAGGAACCCUCCCCAGUGGAGGCGGCCGUCCAGCCAGAGACCCCGGCUACCCCAGUUGACUCUGAAGCAGCCGAGGUUGAUGAGUUUGCGGGUAUGAACGCCGCUCAGCGAAAGAAAGCCAAGCGAGAGAAGAAGAAGCGAGAAUCUCUCGCUGUGCAAGAGCAGCCUGCCCCUGCUGAGGAAGAGGCCAAGGGUUCCCUCCCCGAGGAGCAGCCUGCAGAAGAACAGCCAGGCCCCGAAGGUAUCAAGGAAGAGCCUCUCACGGCGCCCGUCGAGUCAACACCUGCCGAAGAGACCGAACAACCUUCUGUUGAAAAAGACCAAGAAAUCCCGGCUGUGGCAGACGAAGCGCCAUCCGUUGAGCAGUCUACAGCAGCUGAUGAGACCGCCCAGCCAGCGACUCCUGCCGAAGAUGCGGUCGCCGAGAUAGAUGAAUUCGCUGGUAUGACUCCCGCUCAAAAGAAAAAGGCCAAGAAGGAGAAGAAGCGUCUCGCUGCCGAGAAACAGGAGCCUGCUCCAGAAGAAACCAAGUCAACCCCUGAAGAGCAAGCUCCAGAGGAACAGCCAGCUACGCAGGAUAUCCAGGAUGCACCCGCUACAGACCUUAAUGAGCCUUCCCUCGACCCACCAGCCGAGGAAACGGUUGUGGAGCCCGAAGCACCCCAACCCGAGGAGCCCUCCACGGUCGAAGUGGCCGCCCAGCAGGAGAUCCCUGCCGAAGAAGACGAGUUUGCAGGCAUGACUCCUGCGCAAAAGAAGAAAGCCAAGAAGGAGAAGAAGAAGCGUGAGGCUCUCGCUGCCGAGAACCAGGAGCCUGCUCCGGAAGAAACCAAGCCAACCCCUGAAGAGCAAGCUCCAGACGACCAGCCAGCUACGCAGGAUGUCCAUGAUACACCCGCCGCAGACAUCAAUGAGCCUUCCCUCGAUAAACAAGCGGAGGAGACAGUCGUGGAAACCGAGGCACCAAAAGCCGACGAGCCCCCUACUGUUGAAGAGACCGCCCAGCAGGAGGUCCCUGCUGAAGAGGACGAGUUCGCAGGCAUGACUCCCGCUCAAAAGAAGAAGGCCAAGAAGGAGAAGAAGAAGCGCGAGGCGCUUGCUGCCGAGAAACCAGAGGCUGUUCCAGAGGAGGAAGUCAAACCAACCACCGAAGAGCCAGCCCAAGACGACCAGUCGCCCUCGCAGGAAGUCAAGGAUGUCCCUGCCGAAGAUCUCAAUGAGCCUUCCCUCGACAAACCGGCAGAUGAGGUUACUGCAGAACCCGAGGCACCCAAAGCCGAGGAGCCCUCCACUGUUGUCGAAGAAACGGCCCCGCAGGAGACUCCCGUUGAUUCAACCCCUGCUGAAGAAGACGAGUUUGCAGGCAUGACUUCAGCUCAGAAGAAGAAGGCUAAGAAGGAGAAGAAGAAGCGUGAAUCUCUUGCUGCCGAGAAAAAAGAGCCUGCUCCAGAGGAAGAGGCCAAGCCAAUCCCCACCGAAGAGGAGCAGCCUGCAUCUACGGAAGAUAUCAAGGAACUGCCUGUCGAUGCCACCAACAUAAUUCCCGCCUCAGAGGUCGAAGCAUCAUCUGAGCCCGUGGCCGAGAACCAGGCAGCUCUCGAAGAGACAGCGAAGACCGAAGAAGCCCCCUCCACCGAUGCGGACCCCUCGCUUGCGGGCUCUGUUCAUGACGCUGCAGCUGAAGCAGCGGCAGAGGAAGCUGAGUUUGCGGGUAUGACUCCUGCCCAAAAGAAGAAAGCCAAGAAGGAGAAAAAGAAGCAGCAGCGCAAAUCUGUCGCCUUCGAAGAAGACACCCCAGUCGAAGAGGCCAAACCAGACCAGGCGCCGGCCGUCGAGGGAACUCCUGAAUUGCAGGAUACCGCGGCCGACCCUGCCGCCUCGGAAGAAUCACCCAAGGAUCUAACAGCUACUGAAGGACUAGUCGAGCCUGCCGCCAAUCAAGAGCAACCUGUUCAGGCCGAGCUCGCAGAGUCGCAAUCAGCAGCAGCACCUGUCGAACAGACAGAGCAAGAUUCUCAGACUCCUUCACAACCCGAUUCACCCGCACCCGAGGUCGACGAGUACGCCGGAAUGACGGCUGCGCAGAAGAAGAAGGCCAAGAAGAACAAGAAGAAGGGCAAGUCAGCCGACUUGGGCGAGGAUUCUCAGCCUGCUGCUGAGACUCCAGCAGAUGUCCCGACUGAAUCCCCCGAAGCGCCACCCGCAGAGACUACUGAACAGGAGAAAGCCACUGAAUCUGAGACGCCCAAGCCUGACGAUCUCAACACUACGCCUACUGUUCCCGAAGAUGUGCCAACGGACGAAGUCUCUGAAUUCAAGGCCCCCGACAACGAAACCAAACCCGCCGAAGAGACAACCCAGCUGGAUGCUGCUGCGACCGAAGUAGACGAGUACGCCGGGAUGACCGCAGCCCAAAGGAAAAAGGCAAAGAAAGCAAAGAAACGCCAGUCCAAGGGCACUGCCGGCGAUGAUAGCUCUGCCCCAGCCACCCGACCCGCCUCGCCAACCGAAGCGGAUAGCGUCGAGAAAGUCCUCACUUCAACGGACACAGACGCCCCUGGACUUCCCGCGACGGCAAACUCGCCUGCGGAACAUGACGGUAAAGAUCAGUCCCACGACGAAACAAACGCCGCGGCGCAACAAACAAUCUCGACUGAUAACUUCAUGUCUUCGCAGGUUGAGACGUCAGAGAGUCCUUUUUUAGAUUAUCCUCCCCAGCCCGUGCUUGAGCGUUCAGUCAAUUCCGGCGAGUUGGAGGAGGUAGCUGCUCCGCAGGAGGGUGAUGUUGCCACUUCUGCACAGGAGCUUGAUGUGGUAGAGUCUGAGCCUCUUGCAGAGGUGAAGACUGUUGGUGAAGGUGGUGAGGAGAAAUCGUCUGUGCCGGAAGCGGGCGAUCUCUCAAUGGAGAAGGUUGAAGAUGCGUCUGUGGAUGUACCGCCAGUCGUUGAAGCCGAGCCAGUCGUUGAAGCCGAGCCAGUCGUUGAAGCCGAGCCAGUCGUUGAAGCCGAGCCAGUCGUUGAAGCCGAGCCAGUCGUUGAAGCCGAGCCAGUCGUUGAAGCCGAGCCAGUCGUUGAAGCCGAGCCAGUCGUUGAAGCCGAGCCAGUCGUUGAAGCCGAGCCAGUUGUCGAGCCCGAGUCAUUGACAUCCCCGGAGCCGAAUCCAACAGAGGGUUCCAAGGACAUCGAAGAGCCUUCGGGAGACCAGUUGGUUGAUAUCACUGGAGACACCCAAGAAAGCGGUGUUCCAGACGCUGAAAAUGUCGAGCCCAUCACAUUGGAAGCCCCCAUUGCCGAUGAACCGGAGCAAGCGCUGGUUUCGAAGAAGAAGAGCAAGAAAGACAAGAAAAAAGAACGCCAAUCAAUUCUUGCACAAGAAGCCGAAAUCGAUCCCCCGGUUGAGGACCAACCAGCACCGGAAGCAACUGAGGCCCCUGUCUCACAACCCGAAGUUCCCACCGAAAGUCUACCUGUCGACGAGAAUGCUCAGGGUGACAUUGCUAACCAGGAGGCAACUCAUGUUGCCGAUACACCCAAAGAUGCUCGGAACGAUGACAACCCCGCUGCUCAGGAGACUGAGGGUUUUGGAGUCGCAGAGCCUUCCCUCGAGCUGCCCUCGUCUGAGAUCCAGUCCGAGGAAGCAGAAAAGGCACCCGAGGCUGUCGAAAUUCAAGCUCAAACCCCAGAUGAGGGACUACCUACCGAGCAACCAAAAGCUGAAGCUGAAGCUUCAGCCGAGCCUGUUGUUGAAGUCGAAGAAGAAGUCUCAUCCGCCCCUAAGAAGAUGAGCAAGAAGGAGAAGAAGAAGGCUGCCGCCGCCGCUGCCGCUGCCGUUGCUGCUGCUGCUGCUGCCGCCGCCGCUUCCACUUCUCCCGAGGAACAGGGCUCCGUCGAAGAAGAGCAUGCUCCUAUCGAACCUCCAACUGCCGUUCCUGAACCUGCAAAGGAAACGGCAGAGCAUACCCUUGUUCAAGAGCCUGUGCUCCAAGAGACAAAUGUUGAGUCUCUACCUGAAGGGCAAAAAUCUGUCGAUGAGCCGGCAGAUGUGACUGCUUCCGAGGGCAAUGAAACCGCCCAAGAACCGCCGGUUGAGCUAUCCGAGCCCAUUGAGCCCGUCCCGCAACAAUCAUCACCACCGGAGAAGUCCACCGCAGAGCUCACAGAGGUUCCAGCGGAAGAUGCUGUCACCCGCAAGAUGUCAAAGAAGGAAAAGAAGAAGGCCAAGAAAGAACUCAAGCCUGAAUUGGUUGAGCCUUCUUCUUCUCUCGAGGAGCCUGCUUCCGCCCCUGAGCCCGAUCUUACAAGGCCUGCGAAUGAACCAGUGGCUAUGGAUGAAGUCCCGGUGGAACCCGUUAUGGAAUCUGAAGUCGCCUCUCAGGAAGCACUUCAAGAUGCCCCGGAGCCUGUGCCCGAGAACACAGAGCCAAUCGUUCCCGAAGAGCACAACAUUGUUCCCGAGGAUAUCAAAUUUUCGGAAAGCGCUCAGGAUGAAGCAGUCGUCUCUCAGGAAGCAGCCCCAGCGCUCGAUACCCCAGCACCUGUCCUCGCCGAGGCCCGGGAUAUUCCCGGAGAGGUCGUGGAGCAGCCAACAGAAAUCCAACCAGGUACUUCACACGUUGACGGCCCCGUCGUUGAACAGGCAACUGAUCGCGACCUUGCUGGCGAGCUUACUCAAGACCAGCAGCACUUUGAGACCGAGGCGAUCUCAGAGCCGCCCAAGAAGUUGUCCAAGAAGGACAAGCGCAAAGCGAAGAAGAAUUCUGGCUUGGGCGAUGAGGCCCUUGAUCUGCAACCAGCCGAGCUUACAGCCGAGGCUGCAGAAAUCCCUGCUGCAACCGACAACCAGCCAGCAGAGCUUAAUGUGGAAGAACCAGCUCGCCAGGAACCGGAACUUAGUGCAGAAUCCAGCACUCCAGUGGAGCGAGGUCUGUCUUUUGACGCGCCGCCUCCAGUCGAGGACCAACAGCCCCCGACCGAGCCGGAAGUUCAAGCCGAGCCUCAACAAGCAGAACCCGAGCCUCUCCAGGAGGACACUGCUCUUUCCCACAAAGCUUCCAAGGAAAAAGCCAAGAAGGCCCAAAAGGCCAACAAGUCUUUGGAGGCCCAACUACCCACGGAGGAGCCUAGCGUUACAGAAAAUGUCCAAAUCGCGCCAUUUGAAGAAGAGGCUCGGCCUGAGACACAAAAGACAAAAUCACCACCUCAGAAGCCUGCUCAGGAUGAUGAUGACUGGCCUGCCAUCGAUUGGGAACAAAUGGUUGAGCGUUCUCAACAACCCAAGGAAGCAGAUUUCGGCCCUGAGCCUGUGGCCACUGCGGAACAAGAUAUUAUUGGAGAAUUCGAGGAUUCUUCUAUUCCGCAGUCCCAUGAGGACGAACCAAAACAGGUUAUCGAGGAACCUUCGACGCCAUUGAGCAAGAAAGACAAGAAGAAGAAGGCCAAGAAAGACCAGGAUCUGACGCAGCAGGCCUUCCAAGCCCAGGUUCCUGUGGAAACUUUCAACAAGGCAAUUGAAUCACCUGCUAGAACUACUACUCCGGGUGGAUCUAAGAUUGCGAAUAUCUUCCCUGGCCUCGAACGGGGUGGUUUCAAACGGAGCAUGGAAAAGCUGUCCUCGAUCAAAGACAGCCCCGAAAAGAACCCGACUGUCAAGUCCGAAGCGAGUCGUGAACCAGUAAACCCUGUCGAGGAACCAUCCCUGGUCCCCGAGACCCAAAAGACUGCCGAAGCUCCGCAGCUGCCGAGCAGCCUCGAAGAACAAAUCGAGUCUGCUAUUGCUCAUGUGAAGUCAUACGAUGAACUUUCUACGCAAAAAGAGUCUACCAAAACACCAGAGAUUGAGACUACUACACCAAACGAGCGAUCUUUGGAAGCGCCAGUCUCAUUCCCAACGGAGACCCGUGAGAUUCCACCUUCACAAUUCCCCUCAGAACAAUCCGGGGAGGAAUUGUGCGAGCUCCGUCGAUCUCCCUCGAUCCACGGACGGCACCAAAACACCCCUCGCACAUGGAGCCUGGAUGAACCUAAUGUCCCAGCCCCAACCUCCUCACCCCCUCGGUCUCUCUUUGGAGGACCGAGCGAGGACUCCUUCGGUCGCCCUCGAACACCGCUUGAUACCAUUGCGGAACAAGAACCACGGGAGGGCCGCCCAACUACCACGGGUCGACGCGGGACUCCCCGUCUGGACAUCAAACCCGAGCAUAUCUUACCUCGUCCUCAAACUCCCGUUCGCAAAUUUACCGACAAUGCCUUUGAUCGGGAAUCCUGGCCUACCGACGAGAGCAAAAAAAUUCCACGAGAACGCUCUCGAGAAAAUUUCGGAGCUAUCACCAGCACCAAAACACCGGAGCAAGGGUUUCAGAUUUUAAAGCCCAGCACGAGCAGCGGAAAAUUACGUCGCACGAAGCGCAGCGUUAGCGGCGAUCUGCGGGCGGCCAGUCAGUCCCAGCCUUCCUCCACCGAUCUCGACCAGCUUCCUUCUUCCUCCUCUUACGACCCCGUCACCGACAAGGGCAAACGUCCUAUGCGAAAUAUGUCGGACGUCUAUGGUUGGGGCGAAACGCCAAGCUCCCCUCGGUCGCCCAGCCGACCGCCUAGUGUCCGUCGUCGCCGUAGCAUGCAACACUUGCAAGACAUCGAGACUCGUAUCGACCAACUGAUUUCCGAGAAUCGCCUUUUGAUUGCUGCCCGCGAUGAAGCCGAAGACAAAUUACGAAACGCCAGUGUCGCUCGCCGGAAGAGCGAUCGCGCCCUCAACACCCGUGACGGCGAUCUUCGCGACCGAGAUGCAGAGUUGGAACAAUUGAAGAACUCGGUGGAAUGGCUACAAAAGGAGACAUCUCGUCUCACUCAUGAGAAUGAAUCAGUCACAGCUUCCAAUACUGCCCUCGCCGCCGCCCACGCCGCCGAAGUCAGCACCGUUCGCGAGCAGUCUACCCGCGAACUGGAUGAUCUGCGUUCACAACACACCCAACUCUCCUCCCAAAUAGAUGAUCGAGUUCGUCAAGAGAUCGAGUCCGCGCUGGCGCAGAAGGACAUUGAGCUCCGACGCCUGCGCACCGAACUCGAGGAGGCCCGCGACAAGGUCAAGGAGCUACAACAACAAAUCUCAGCAUCAGUACAUGACAAUGCUCUCGUCUUCCGCGAUGAGGAAUACUUCGAUGCUGCCUGCCAAAAGCUCUGUGGCCACGUCCAGUCGUGGGUCGUGCGAUUCUCCAAGCACAACGACAAGCGUCGCUGCCGCCCACUCGUCGAGCUGAAAGAUGAGAAGAUCGCAGACCGUUUCGACAACGCGCUGCUGGACGGCUCCGAUCCCGACGCCUACCUUUCAGACCGCGUCCGCCGCCGUGAUGUGUUCAUGUCGGUGGUCAUGACCAUGGUCUGGGAGUACAUCUUCACGCGCUACCUCUUCGGCAUGGAUCGCGAACAACGCCAAAAACUCAAGUCCCUCGAGAAACAACUGGGCGAAGUCGGCCCCAGCCGAGCUGUGCAUCGCUGGCGAGCCACAACCCUCACCCUUCUCUCUCGGCGUCCCGCCUUCGCCGCCCAACGGGAGAACGACACGGAAGCAGUCACCCUGGAAAUCUUCCAGACUCUCUCCCGGGUCCUCCCACCCCCUCCCACGUCGAGUCCCAACUCCUCGACAACCUCCGCAAGAUCAUGCGUGUCGCUGUGA